UCGUCGGGUACGGUUGAAAUUUCGAGGAUUCGUAUUCGGGAACCGCGGUCGGUUGUUGAGUCUCUAUCAGGUGUAUCUACCUGUGUGGUUACUUGCUGCUACCACCAAGAUUCUGGAAAAGGAUUCGGUUUUGGUGUUGGAAGGAUCUGCCGAGUUUACCGAGCUAGAUAGUAUUGGGAUUUUCCGGAGAGGCUGCUAGCAGCAUCAUCAUCGUCUUCGUCGUCAUUGGUGUUGGUAGCGAGCCUUGCGAGUUUCGUAUCGAUAACGUCAUCCCUCGGUUGGGAUAUUGAAGGCACACCGAAUGAUGGCAGCCGCCAGGAUUGCCAGGAGAGAAUCUGCCUCGGACCGAACGGGCGCAGAGCAGUUUCGCGAGUGAACAUGGAGCCCCCGAAAAACAUAAAUAAUUGAUCCUCGGAGUGAUGGAAUUUUUGAGCCGAAUGGUUUAAUAUUUUAUUCAAUUCUCUCAACCGUGUUGUGUGAAAUUUGUGUGCACUAUUUCGGUGGGGAAAACGAUGUGAAAAUUUCCUCGGAACUUGCCGCUGUUGGCCUUGGCUGGAUUCCUCUGGGUCAAGCAAAUUGAUCCAGUUUCUUUUCUGCGGAAAAGGUGUUCGGAAAAUGAAGGAAAAUUAAGCCAUCUAGCUUGAGAGCUAAGUGAUUGAGGGAAGGUGAUUUCUGUUCGAGAUCGCACCGAAGCUGUGAUAAUCUGGGAAGGGACGGUGAAUUUCCUUUUUUCGCCUGCCAUGAGUUGCAAAGCUCGAAUCAUCUGGUCGAUUUCCGGAUUUCAUUGGAUUGGAAAAAUCUAAAGUAACACACCACUAACCUAGAUCUGCGGAAUCCAAGGGAUUACGGAUAUCAUCAUCAGUGGAAACAAGGUGAUAAAAAUUCUGAAACCCGAGAGAAAUUUACGGAGAGCAAUCGGAGCCAGAGCGCCCUCGGAAAAUUGAAACAUGAUGACAGUGAAAUCGGUGGAGUUGUAAAUAGCAAUUCCUAAGUCCUGUGUAUAUUUCUGUGUACAGUGAAAAAGUGAAUCGAUCAGAAAUAAUAACAGUGAAGAAGAGAAAGCCAUCGCGAAAAAAUUGUACCAACGUGGAAAAUCAAUUUCCUUUCAGCUGCCAACGAACGAAAAGUUCCCGGACGCUGCCGCUCGGAAAAAAAACAGCAGGAAAUCCAGCGAAAAAAAAUCCGGUUGAUACAAGGCUCGGGAACUGACAAAAUAAAACAAGUAAAAAAAUACCGCCACCUCCCCCGGCUACUGAUGCCUGCGGUCUGGCGGUUCCUGUUCAUCAACGGAGCCAAGAUACCCGGUAGCAUCCAGGGAAGGAAAUCGAUUCCGGAACUUUUCUGCUAACGCCUGACGCCUGAGGAGGCAACUUUUACGACGUGGCAAACUCAAUUUACCCCGCCUGUGUGGGACAUCACACCUUGCGUGGUCGUUAGCUGAAAUUCACACGCUCUCUUUCGUAGAUCGGAAAAACAUUAAGCCUUGACAGCAGUUUGGGGAAGGGGAAAACCCGGAAGUGUAAGCUACUUGUGUAUGUGUCGAGUGCGAUUUUUUUUGUCUGAGUUCAAUACAACCACAUCGUAGUGUCGUCAUCCGUUAUCCUUUUAUUUUUGGAUCGGAUCCGAGAAACGGCGAAAAGGGGCUUUGUUAAAAGUAAAUAAGGAAAAUCCGGAAACGCCAUGUGUUUUUAUUGUUUUCAAUUUUCUUUUGAUUGGUGGAAGCUGAGCGAGUUCCUCGGGAUGGAAAAAUAAGUGUAAAAACUCACUCACUGAAUGUGCCCGUUUUUUUUUUACUCCGGAAGUAGAUCAAAGCCAUUCCCUCCAGAAGGAAAAGUGACAGUCACUCUGUGUGUUUUGUUACAGUUUCCGUACAAAAAAAAAAAACGGCUAAGCCUAACGAUGGUUGGCGGAAAAAUCCAUGAAGGGGAGAGGUAGAUACAAAAAGAGGUGUAAAAAAUAAAUCGGUCGUCCGUUUUGUGAAAGAAAAAGUGCCAGACAGUGUGAAAAAUAUCUACCCCAUUUCAUGCAGCACCACACACAGAGGGAAAGUUUAGCAAGGGCUUAUUCAAUUUUUCCUACUACUCAACACAGCAAACGGAAAAUGUAAAAAAGAGAGGUGGAAAAUCGCAGUUCUAAAUAGAAGCGCAGGGUAGGCAAAGUGGAUAAUCGUUUAAGUGGAUUUAUGAUGAUUUAAAUAGCGGAUUAUCGAGUGGCAUUGAGAGUAUCGAAGAGUGAAAAGGAGGAAAAACGCGCGUACGUAAGAGUGAGAUUCAACAACAUUUAUUACAACACAACGCCGAGUCAAGAUGAAUAUGAAAGCAAUACAGUGCUCCCUGGUGGCUGCCCUGGCUUUGAAGCUGGCUGGGCUUCUGGUGUAUGCCUGCAAAAUUUCGGAACAUCCCUGCAAAGGUGGGGCUUUCUGUGUGCCGUUGGAUAAAUUCUGCGACGGAAAGGACGAUUGUGGGGAUGGCAGCGACGAGCCCAAACAGUGUACAGUGUGUAAUCGAACCUACUACGGGGACAUUGGAAGGACCUACUCGUUGACGGUUCCUCCCCCUCAGUGGAAUCGAUUGCCGUUCCUGUGUCAUUUGACGUUCACCGCUUCCGGCAAUGAGCAAGGUGACAUUGUUCAGAUUAUCUUUGACAAGUUCACCGUGGGUCGAUUCGACGAGGGUCUGAUCGAUCCAGAUAUGGAUUCGAAUGACGCCAGCCUCACCAGUGGAGGAGAUCUGCCGGGAUGUCCGGAAGGUUUCAUGCAGCUCAGCGAACUGGGGCGCCCUUUUACCGGUGGGUCCUGGUGCGGCAAGGCGUCCGGCCAUCAGCUCUAUUUCAGCGAAACGGCCACGGUGACAGCAUCUGUCAAGGUUUUCCAUGCCCCAAUGCAAGCUGGAACGCCGUUUGAGUUCCGAAUAAGAUAUAAAUUCAUCAGUCAAUCAGACGCCAUAGUGAGAUACGGUGCUCCCAACGAGCUGCUAGAGCUGGGCCGCGUCACUCCCGGAACCUAUUGCACCCGCCAGUACGACGAAUGCUACCGGAAAAAGUGCCACCUCCAAAGUCCCAACUAUCCGGGUAUGUACCCUCGGAAUGUCACCUGCUAUUGGACCAUCCGCCAAAAAGUGGUCCCAACCUGCAAACACGCCAUGGUUUCCAUAGGGCAGGAAAACGAACACAAAGCCCUGGUUAAAAGAUCGAUCGCCAGCCUGAACAAAACUUCGAGGGCGGUGCGGGCCUGGUCCGAUUGUACCGGGGAGAGGGACCAUCUGAUUUUCUACGACGGAAGCAGCACCAACGAUCCGGUCCUGGCCAAGUACUGCGGGGGCGAUUGGUUGCCCAAAGUUGUUUCGAGGGGCCCGGAGAUGCUGAUUGCGUUCCACUCCAGCCCAUUUUCAGCGCCGCUCCAGUCGGGCCAAUCGAACCGGGGCUUCGAGCUAGACGUCGACAUCCUCUUCGCCGAUUCCGAUUCGCAUGACUUUGCCCAGGGCAGUAAAUGCGAGUUCCACAUCAAUGCAUCCAAUCCAGAUGAGGUACUUUUCUCUCGAAGGGGACGAAUGGGUCAUUUGCUCAGUCCUCGACACACGUUGCCCCCAAAUACGAGCUGCACCUACUACUUCCAUGGAGUUCCGACGGAUCUGGUUUGGAUAUCGUUCACCAACUACCAGCUGCAAAUCCUGCAGCCAACUUCCGGCAGCAAUCUGGAUAAUGCCACCAAUCAUAAGUGUUCAAACAGAAGGGUGGAAGUUAAACAUCUCCGCCAAGCGCAGAUGGAAACUACUCUACCGUGGAUUACUCGCACUCGAAUUUGGGACAGUGCCGGGACUUUCGUUCCGGUCAAGACAACGUCUCCGUCAUCGAUCAUCAGCACCUCGGCUUCGUCUUCUUCUGGAGGGGGUGGGUCUUCGUCCGGUGAUUCCGGUGUAACUCCCUCGCUCUAUCAAGGUGGCACCAGCACGACGGCACUGUAUCAGCAAAUCAUGAACCGAACCGUUGGCACUUACUACGGGUCGGCGAAUCAAAGUGGGGGUGGAGGCCGGAACUUGAAGAUUAAUAUCGAUAACGUGUGGAACCCAGUGGACCAGUACAUUUAUGGGCCCACGGUAAAUAGUAUCUUCAACCAGCCGCAAUCUUCGCAGGCCUCGAAUGCGGCAGGUGCCGGUUACGGAUCAGCGGACAAGGGCCUGAUUCUCGGUGGGGACAAGUUCACCAAGUAUGGAUCUUCCGGUAGUGGGAAGGGUGGAAAAGAUGGCACUCGAAAGGGGAAAGACAACGAUAUUCUCAAGGAUUAUAUCGGGGGUGGUUCCUCGGGAAGGAAAGAUAAAUCUGGUCGCAGCAAUCGGCGCCUGGUGGCCGAGUUCUACGAUAAUGAAUCACCCAAACUGUGUGACCACGUUUCACUGGAGACCAAAGGGAACCGGAUGAGGCCGUGUACUCCGCUGGAAAGUUACGUUAGCGCCGGAAGUGAUUUGAAAAUCGAAUUCCACACCAUGACCGGAACGUCGCUGUUUCCGUUCAACUUUGGCAUCAAGUACGAGUUCAUCGAUACGGAGCUUGGUGGGGAACCCUAUCUGGGACAGAAAGGGGAUGACACCGAGAUUCCGAUUCUAUGUUCCCGGGUCUUUAAGAAACGCAAGGGCGAAUUCCAGUCGCCGAGGAAUGUGUUCCUCCAUGGACGAGGGGGAGCCAAGAACAUUUCCUGCCUGUACCGAUUCGAGGCUUCUUUCGGCGAAAGGGUUCGAAUUGAGUUAUACAACGUAUCGUUCGGCGAAUCGGCAUCCUGCGUAACCGAAUCGGAUGGCCAUACCGGUCGAGCACGAUGCGCCCCAACGGAACUAGAUCCAGAAGCUGGACGCAUAGGGGAACUCCGUAUCUUUGACGUUCCCCACCGGGAUGUGCGCAUCCCGAUGGGGUGUUUCUGUGAUAACACCAGCAGCACCUACAACUCCCCGAUGACUUUUAUUUCUAAUUCGAGAACUCUGGAGCUUACCUUCACCGUAACGCGGCUGAACAUCAGCGAAGAUUUUGCUGAUGUUUACUUCCAUGCGGCAUACGACUUCAUCCGGGUUCCGGAAUGUCGAAAGCGGAUGAAGCUUCGAGGUUCCGGUGGCGAAGAUGAAGUAACCUACCCGAUGCGAUCGAACGAGGCCAGCUGCGACGGCCUUCCCUGGAUUAUCGAGGCCACCAAACAGGAUAGGAGCCUGUUCGUACGAACCUGGGGCAGUUUCCUGCCGCUGGAUCCGACCCAGGAAGAGUUCUCCAAGUGUAACACCCGGAAUCGUCUGAUGGUUUACAGCGGCAGGCCGCUGAAACUGAUGCAGGUGAUCUGCCCUUCGCCUCCGUCCAGCCGGUCGGCUGCGCUGCAUAUCUUCUCCGAAGAUUGGCUCAGCAGUCAGCCGUUUUUGAGUGUGGAUAGUCGUCCGGUGAGUAUGGUGCUGGAGCCGAUCCACAAGGAGGGUGGGAGUAUAGCGUUCUCCUGGUUGGAGAUCCAGCGGACGAAGGAAUCGUUGAAGCAGCAGCUUGAGGUGCACGGUAAUCUGACGAACUUCAACGAAACUAUGGUUGAGUUCGGCCUUUAUCCGAUGGGGAUUGAGUGUGAGCACCGGUGUCCGGAGCUGGACGCUUGCAUCGGCAGUGCACUGUGGUGUGAUGGUCGUCCCAACUGCCCGUCCGGUUUCGACGAAAAUGAGAAGGAGUGCGGCAGUCGGCUGAUGGAACUGCCCGGCGGAAUGUACGCCGCCUUCGGUUGCCUGGCAGCAGCCAUCUCCGCUUGCCUCAUCUUUUGCGUGCUGGCGAUAGUGAAAAAGCGCCGGAAGGCCAGCGAAAAGCUGAAAGCCUCCGCCCCCGCCUCUCUCAAUGGUACCCUCUCCAAGAAGGACUACAAGAAGGAGCCGCUCUUCUUCGACCCGGACUCCUGACACGGGCUGCAACCGGUCGAAUACAUUCACGUCGACCGGGAGACGACCGUGUGACAAGUUGUCUACAUCGACAUGGACGACAUGGCGUACUGUUGAAUGAAUCGCGCUGAACUACACACUUCGCACACUGUACUGCCCCGUGAGUCCUCUCGAAGGGGAGGUCCCCUAGUCUAGUCUAAAGGAUGGGGGCCUUCCAGUCUGCCACAUCGCCAAAACGUAUUAAGAUACAACUUCAAAACAGGUGGGUCAUUCCAAGAUAGAAAUUAGCGUUUAACUAAGUGGGUAUAAGGGAUGAGUGGGAAUUUCCAAGCGGGUCAAACUGCUAUCGGAAAGUAUUAGGAAAAAAACACGACGGAAACACAGAGAGAUAUUACUACGCAAUUUCGAAGCAACUAUAGAGAAAACCGAUGAUGGAUACAAGGAUAUUAAAAAAAAACUAGCAAAGCAAAGACAAGAGAAAUCUGGAAUCUUUCAAUGUUAUAAAAAACCAAGUGGAACUUGAUAUAUUGUAGAACUAAUAAGUAUUAUUAUAUUAUAUACAUAGCUGAAGAUCGACAUCUUUUUAUGAAAAAAGUGUAAGAUUUUUAUUCUACAAAAAUCUUGUGAUUCGUUUUCGGUUUUUCUAUUCUGAUUGUUUUUUCUAAUCUGAGUCGGUUUUUGAGGUGUAGGAAGGAGUUUUUCGCUGAAAAAUGUAAUAAAAUCCAAUUUUGUUCAAGUUUUCUCAAAGUAUAAACAGUUUUAACUUUUUUUUUUAAAUGCAUAAAUGUUAUUUGAAAAUGAUUUCUUAGAUUUAUCAAUCCGUAUUUUUACAAUAAAAUUCACAAACAUCACAAACAUUAUUUCAAACAAUGAGCAUUUCUUUAUAGAAUAAAUCCUGCGUACACCUCAAUAUUGAUUCAAAACGUAGUUAAAUGUAGAAAUAAAAUACUCUUUAAAAACCAUCCUAAGAAUAUGAAAGACAAAAACGGAAACUAGCCAAAAAUAUUUUUUUAAAGAAAAACACAAAAACUAACAAAAAACGUUACUUAUACUGAAAGCAAACAAACACACACAUAACUUCACAAAACCAAUAAAAAAAAUCUACUAGCAAAUAACUAACCUUUCCUUCUAAUCAUAAGCUGUUACCAAUUUCAAAACUAACAAACGGAUCCCGAAAACAAAUCAAACAACCUAGACAUCGAUCGCAGGAGAGCAAAACCCAAUCAGAAAAAAUCGAAUGAUAAACUAUAAACAAAACACACAAAAAAACCGACAUAAGAAACCAAUAGAUGAAAGUGCACAACACAUCUUUAGGACCUUUCGAUGAUGGUUACCCUACGAAAAAUGUUACCACACUCUCAACACUAAACUCUUGGUUCGUGUUACCUGUAGCCAAAUCUUGUGCGUUGGGUUCUUCUUAGCUCAACUUGUUCACUCGUGCAAUAUCAAGGAAUUAUGGAGGUUUUCGAAAGAAUUUUUGUAUUUUUUUUUACAACAAGUAAAGUCUUUGUAUUUUUAGCGUUCUUUUUUUCAUGGAAAUAUGACUUUCGAGUUCGAUCUAAGAAUGAUGAUUACUAUAAAUAUUCGAUUUAGAUUUAGAUACUCGUCCGGUUCAGUAGGUUUUUAAAAAAACAAUUUUUCGAGUCAAAUAAAACGAUACAUUUGUUUAUUAUCGUUUUAAGAAAUUAAAUAUGACCAUUAUUGACAUGCAUUUCCAGGAAAACUUAUUAUAGUUGGCAACUGCUCGUUGAACAAAAUCGCUAAAAAGCUCUUUCAGACUGUUAAGUGUUCUACAAAAUCUAAAUCGAGAAUAUUAUCGACUUUUUAGUUUUUUUCCACAACUUUUAAAUUGAUUGUUUCUAAAAUGUUUCCAAAAAUCUCUGCCACACCGUUCAGAUGAUUUUUGAUGCUUUACAGUUUCUAACAGGGGUGCUGAGAGAAAAUAGGCAAUUAUUCCCGAGCGAAUGAAAUUUUAUUGCAGAUGUGACGGCUUGGGAUCUACCUAGAGAUAAUACCCAAGCAACUUUGAAAUUCCAUUACAAAUUUGAACGUCCUUCUGUUCAGCUCACAAGUAAUCGUAAAAUGUCCUAGAACAAAAAAAUCUUUUCUCUUCUCUCUUACUUAGCGGUCAUCACCUCAUCCUGUUUUGAUACUCCGCCGAGGAACUGAGAUAAAGAGAGAUUGUGCGGAAAAAUGAGUAAAUAUCACUUAAAAUGAGAGAAACCAGUGCUAAGAGAGAGAAAAAUUGUUGCAAAUUGUGAAUCAGUUCCCAGUAAGCGCGUCCUCUCAGAAAUCGACAGAGCAUGCAAAAAAUCGAGAGUUGAGUCACCGAACUUAGAAUAAAACGGUUAACUUCGGCGACACUCCACGACGACUGUGGUCGCAUUUUGUCCCCGUGUCCCGUGUGUGCUUUCAAUCGUAGCUGUCGACUUCUCAGGCAGGCGAACACGCGUCUCGGAGGGAAACAUACAAACACGAUUCGGAUUGUGUUCGUGUGUUUCUCUGGAGGGCGUGUCUUAGCUUAAUUCGUGGCACUCACCCAAGGCACGCGUAUGGUGUGUUCCUCUCUAACGAUGUGAUGAUGCAAAAUCGCCAGAGAGAUCGUUACGAUCCCUCUGGCGAUUUGAGUUACCUCUCUGCCGAUUCAAAUUUACCGGGUUGUGGCUAUCUUAAAUAACAGAACCGUCACCUGAUUAUGGGCCCCAGACGGAGGUGGUGGCGAAGGACGAACCACGAGCUCGCGCGACUCUAUGGCAAACCCAGUGUUCAGAAGGUGGUUAAAGCUGGUCGAACACGCUGAGCAGGGCAUGUUGCAAGGAUGCCGGACGACUGUCCUGCAAAACAAGUGUUCGCUGCCUAUCCGGUAGGAAAAGACAAUUGGUUAGACCAAGUGGAGCGUGAUGUGGCGCAUGUGGGAUACCCGAGAAGUUGGAGAACGAUUGCCGAAUGGACCGAGUGAGUUGGAGGAAUAUUGUUCAUCAGGUUGUGUCGUAAGACGGUAUACCAUGUAUAAAAUAUGAGUCCCAUGGUGACGUGUUAAUUAGCUUAGCUUAGCUUAGCUUAUUUGACUACUCACAUCCACCUUGAAUUGUUGAACCCGAAAUGCUUGAAAACUGUCAAUAAUUACGAAUUUCCAAAUAUAAUUUUUUUUUUAAUAUUAAUUUUUGAUGAAUACCAAAGAAGACAGUUCAAACUCCACGAUCAUUGGUGUGAUUCGGUAGAACAAGUUUCACGUUGCUACUACGUUGUUGAUACAAUGGCGACAUUGUUACUUAACAACAUUACGAAACGGCUAAUAAAUCAAACCUUUUUGCCUUUCUAACAGAAAGGUUUGGUUAUCGGUCGAUUUGAGAGAUCAUUAAUUAUGGGUCUUAGACAUACCUUUAUAGGUACCUAUCGACUCAGCUCGACGAGUUCUGUUGAUGUCCGUGGAUUUGUAUGUGCCAUUUUAAAAAUGUCAAGAACGUUUUUGCGAAACUGGGCUGCACAAUUAGAAUGAUUUUAGUCUCAAAAGAAUGCAUUUUUUUCUCUACACAACCCUUUCAAAAACGGGAAAAAAACAAAAUAGUUGAAACCGUUUUCUUUACGAAAUACAUAUCAUACUUAUUAUGGCAUAAAAAAAAGUUGCUAGUGGCGCCUCGAAGCAGCAGCACCAGCAAUCAUUUAUAAAUUAGAGAUAAUCAAAAUAAAAAAUUAAAAUUUAUUGACUCGGGAAUCGAACCAAAAACCUUCAGAUCCCAAGGCGCAAACGCUAUCCAAUAAACCAUCAGCACGCUUGUCAAUGAGUGGCUCAAACUCAAAUACCUAAAAGGCAUUACUAAGACGCACCGUGGUCUGGGCAGUUUCUCAGUCUGCUGGGGCAAAUACGGCAACAGUGUUUAUAUCUUACACUUCUUGCUUUUCAAUGCAGCAAAUGGCGGAUGGGCGUUUCCUUCAGAGUCCGCCAUGCCUAUAAGACACUAUAAUUUCAUAUAUGAAAUUAUAGUGUCUUUAGCCAUGCCGGGUGUCAACAAAAUGCAGAGCCGUACAGAAAACUGCAUUGGGGGGAAUUUAUAUGAAGAUUUUAUGACCUUCGUUUUUUUUACCCGUGUUGAAGAAUGAAUUUAUGUUUUUUUUUUCAUUUCUACAUACUCAUACAUAAUUUAGAUUCAAUUUCAGAUGCAGAAUUCAG